AUGAGCUUUGACAAUAUAGCCCGUCGGCUCCGUCGGCUACGGACAUCCGUCGACUUCACAGAGACACUGGAUAUACGCCGAGAGAUGUUCCCGCGUUAUGAUCCUUGGUCAUCAUUUCCACAGGUGCCAGUUAGUGAUCUACAUAUGGGAGACGGACAUGAGGACUUAGACUUAGAUAUUAUUUUCGAUGACUCCUUUCUUCGUCCUACAGCCAGGCCUACGGCACCAUCUGCAUCUCCGGCUCCGCGAGCCGCUCAGGACCCCUCUCACAUGCCAUCUCAGGAGCCAGUCGACGCACAGGUUCAUUCUUCUGCGCCUGUGGACCCGUCUCCUCUUGUUCAGAUUGACCCGUCUCCACCUCCAGCUACAGCUCCGGGUAGCGCUCAGGAGACCGUUGAGGAGCCAGCUAAGGAGCCCUCUGACCAGCCAUCUCAGGAGGCCGUCGACACACAUGUUCAUUCUUCUGCUCCUAUGGUCCAGUCUCCUUCGAUUGAGUCAUCUCCUCAGGCACCUAAUGAGGCUACUCAGGUUUCGACCGCCGCCGUCUCCCACAGGAAGCAUAUUUUCACCCCGAGCCUGCAGAAGGGAAGAAAGAAUGAUCAUGACAUAAAUCAUCCUGUCAUUAAGAGGAGGAGAGAGGAUUCUGAUGAUAGUGAGGGUGGUGGGGUUAGGAGGAUCCUUAGGCCUUAG